AUGGCACCGACCAAACCCCAGACCAACGGCCAGGUCAAUGGCAAGACCAACGGCAACACGGCUCAGGCAACGCCACUCGCCCCCGCAGCCGUGCAAGACCUCGUCCAGGGUCUGCAGACACUGCUCGAGGGCCGCACUGCCCAAGCCAUUGCCGCAGCCAUUGAAGAGUCCAAGCGCCUCUCCAAGGAGAACGAAGUGCUCAGCCUCGCAAACUCGAGGAACCUCGAGUCCAUCGCCAACACGCAGCUAGAGUACCGAGACAUGCGGUCCAAGCACGAAAAGAUGGCCGCCGCGCUCUCGCAGGCUGACAAGACCAACGAGGAGCUCAACGCCACGGUUGCCAGAGUACGGACGGUCCUCGAGGAGCUGCGCGCGGAGAUACAGAAGGCCCGGGACGAAACGGCGCGGCUGAGCACCGAGCUCGGCGAGCGCGACAGGGAAGUGGAGGAGCUGGAAAAGGCCCUCGAGGACAAGAAGGACCUCCAGAAGCAGCUGGAGAGGCUCGCGAGGACCGACACGUUCUUCAGGGAUCUGGCAAUGAAGCCUGUACCUUAUACUGCCGGAGUCGACGAGAGCCUCAAUGCCCUCUUCAAGUCUGCGUCCCAGCUCGUCGAGCGGUUUCUCGGCCAAGACUUGGAUGAUGCCUUCUUCAACAAGGGUGAGUGGCAGGAUUUCACCAGAGAUGCCGAGACCGUCAGCGUCCCAGUGCUCCCGUCGAACACUGCGCUGGCCAAGAAGAUGCGCGUGGCGGCAGGCCUGGGGUAUCUCGCCUCCGUGUCGACUCGCGAGUUGUUCCAGCCCGUCUACGUCACACGGACUGGAGACGAGAUGAGCGAUCUCCUCGACGUCGUCGAGGAGAAGCAGAAGACGCAGGCCGCGGAGUACCUACGGCGAUGUCUUUUCAGAGCAGGCGAGAGCCGCCUCGAACAAAACGCCCUCUCACGCAUCGAUGCCGCCAGCAAAGGCAUGCACGAUUCCUUCAAGAGACUCGUCCCCGAGAAGAUCCAACCGCAGCUUAGCCAAGCUCUCGAGGCAUGGUGCCGUCACGCGUGCGAUACCUGGAAGAGCAUCCAGGGUCUCAACUGCAGAGUGAUCCCGGAUCUGGAUUGGAACGUACAAGGAUCCGUCGCUGUCUGGGAGCCCCUGUUCAGAAAGCAACGGCCUGAGUCUCAGCAGAACGGGAGUAAUGAAGCAAACGGUACGCCUGGCGGGAGCGGCCCAGCGCCCGUCCAACCCCUCAGGGAGUCCGAGGUCGCUGCGGCAAUUUGGCCAUGCUUCUACGCUCAGACGAGCACAGCAGGAGAGGGCUAUACCGUAGUCGCCAACGGACUGGCGCUCACUUCUUGGGAGGCCGACUUGGCCCGUCGCGAGAAGAUCGCGACGCCGAUCCAUGGAGAGCACCGAAAUGCUCGAAAGAUCGUACGCCGUGCCGUAUCUGACAAAAGCCGGCGGAAAAGUCAGGAGUUCCUGGACAACUUUAUUUAA